AUCUCAGUGCUAAAGUCAUGGAGCAUAGAAACAAUGUCACUGAAUUUAUCCUGCUGGGUCUGUUCAAUAAUCAAGAGGUAAAGGAAGCCUGUUUUGUUUUCUUUUUGCUUUGCUAUCUUGUGAUCUUGCUGGGAAAUCUCUUCAUCCUGACCACCAUAAGAUUUAGUCAACUCAGUGAACAGCCCAUGUACUUUUUCCUAAGUUACUUAUCUUUCAUGGAUGUCUGUUUCACCUCCACGGUUGCUCCAAAACUAAUUGUGGAUUUAUUGGCUCAAAGAGCAACCAUCUCCUAUGACAACUGCAUGACCCAGAUGUUCUAUACCCACUUCUUUGGAGCCACAGAGAUCUUCAUCCUGGUGGCAAUGGCCUAUGAUCGCUAUGUUGCCAUCUGUAAGCCACUACAUUACAUGGUCAUCAUGAGAAGACGAGUAUGCCAUCUUUUUGUGCUGGUCUCCUGCAUAGUGGCAUUCAUUCAUUCAAUCAUGCAAAUAUUGAUUGUUGUGCAGCUGCCCUUCUGUGGCCCUAAUAAAGUAGACCAUUAUUUCUGUGAUGUGUUUGCUCUGCUAAAACUGGCCUGUACAGACACUUUCUUGAUUGUUAUUGUAAUAAUUGGUACAUCAGGAAUGCUGGCUCUUUUGACCUUUGUGGUCUUGGUCAUUUCUUAUGUCAUCAUACUGACCACCUUGAGGACUCAGUCUUCAAAGGGUCGGCACAAGGCCUUCUCUACCUGUGCAUCACACAUUACUGUAGUCCUCAUGUUCUUUGUGCCCCUCAUCUUCACAUAUGUGCCUACUGGCAAUUCUUUCAGUGAUGAUAAGGUAUUUGCCCUCUUUUACACCAUCAUUGCCCCCAUGUUUAACCCUCUCAUCUAUUCCCUGAGAAACACAGACAUGAAGAAUGCUAUGAGGAAAGUGUGGCUUCAAAAACUGUUUUCCAAAGGGAAAUGAACUCUGGAUUGUAUACUCAUAUGCUGAUAUAAUCGUAAACAUAGAGCUAUCAUUAAAGGAAACAGACUUUCUGGCCACUCAGUGGUCUGAAGCAGAGGUAUUUAUGAGGUAUAAUCAACAUGAAAAAUUGUCAUAGGUAUUAAACUCAAAGAGUUUUGCCCUUCUAGUGUUGAACACUCAGUUAGACACUGAGUCAGAAAGGCAUUUAUGUUGGAAGACGGAUGUUCUGUGUGUUAAUGUGAGACCAACAAAUGAUUGUUUUCAAUGUUUGAAUUACUUCUUUUUCCUGCUAUCUUUUAGAGGCAAUAUAUUUUCAGAAUUAGAAGGAUUAUCACUGGCUAGUUCUUCCAACCUUCUAAAUUAAAAAAGAAAUUUCAUGUUACUGUGUACUCCAAGCUAAUUUAUCAGUCAUCUCUGAGGAUUUCCGCGGGAGAAAGCAAAUAGCUUUCAGAAUUAGCCAUUGUUACUUAAUUCUAAUAGUUGGAAAGUUUUUCUAGCAUUAAAAUGAAAAUUGUCUCUUUUC